GUUUAUUCUCCGUUUUCUCUUUAGGCCACUUCAAUAUUUGUUACAGAAUGGUCAUUAAUUGGGCUGCUCUUACAAUCUUGCUCAGAUGGAAAACACCACGGGCUUUACCUGUUCUCGGGCCCUGUGAAUAGCCGAACGCCGCAAUCAUCGUAUUCCAUGACUCAGAAAGGACUCGACAUGGUACGAUGGCUUGAAAAAGUCCUCAUAAGUCACACUCUCCCCGUUUGAACAUGACAGCUAGAUACCAGAUCCAGUGCCUUUUCUCUCAGUAUGACAACAAAAUUAAUUGAAGUUGACAGCCUUGACAUUCAUGUCUUGAUCAAUGAUGAGAUUGACCAAAUCUCGCCGAGCCCAAGCCCUCGGGUCCAGCAUGCCCAAUCCUUCGCCGGUGUCCCGUUGAGCCCCGUGUCAGACCCCAGCUCUCGAGGAGGAGCUCGGUUGGAAAUGCCAAUGCGAAAUAUCUGUUGUGGCGCUCAUGGUCUGUCCUUGUUUAUUACGGCGAAAAAGGGCGAUAAAUCUCACACGCUACUUUUCGAUGCCGGGCCCGAUGAAGACAUUUUCGAGAAAAACGUCCAGAGGCUCAAGCUGCCGAUGACUGAGAUUGGUGCUAUUGUUCUUUCGCAUUGGCACAGAGAUCACUCUGGUGGGCUUCUCUCGGCGAUUCGGCUCGCUAGCAAAAGGAGGUCAGGCGGCGAUAACGUUGUUGUUGCGCUUCCUCCAGAUAAGCCAGCGUUCAGAGGAAUCAUGUUCGAUCAACCCAUCUCGCUAGAGGCAGACCCCACCACGGAUGAGAUCAACAGUGCUGGUGGCAAGACAGUUAUGUUGGAUGAGACACUUACUGUCCUCAAUGAUACCUUUCUCAUAUCUGGAGAGAUUCCACGCCAGACAGACUAUGAAGGUGGCAUCCCAGGUGGUGUUCGAUAUGACCCAGCCAAGGAUGAAUGGAUCAAGGACGAGUUGAUCAUGGAAGAGAGGUUUGUCAUGUGCAAGCUCAAGGGUGAGCCCCUCUCAUCGGUCAAGCAAUCAACGUGCCUAACGUCUCUGCAGACAAGGGCCUGGUCAUCUUCACUGGCUGCAGUCACGCCGGCCUCAUCAACAUCGCAAGACAUGCGAAAACCAUCGACGAUAGCCCUGUCGGCCAUCGUCGGCGGCUAUCACCUCGCAGAUGCGUCACCUGAUAAGAUGGAGCAGAGCAUGGAGGAUCUCAAAGAUCUCGAGCCGGCUUUGCUGAUGCCGGGACAUUGUACUGGAUGGAGGUUCAAGGGACUUAUUGAGAGGGAAAUGCCAGGUCAAAUGGCUCCUAUGUUUGGUGGAACAAAGUAUACACUGUAAAAUCGAUAUUUGUUGUUUGUUUUGGUCCUGAACAUGGAGUGGAUAUCUCAUUGGGGAUGGCCAAUGCGAUUCUACACACGCUGGACAGAUGCAGCGCCUCAAUGAAGAGUCUUCAUCGAAGACACAACCAUUCGGUCGCCUAGCGAACGCUAUGCAUCUCUCUCGGUCUCUUUCAAUACCGGUAUAAUCGAUCGUCUUUACCCGUUUCGGGAUGCAACGUCAAACAAAAACAAGGAAGGGUUCCCCGCAGGUAAAAUACCCUAUGCGUCGGUGAUCGACAUACCUUAACGCAAGAUCAAGAUGCGCACCUAUGAGCAGUCAAAUCUGUGAUCGUAUGUUAGCUCGUGGGGUAGCCGCACCUAUCGAAUCGUGAGUAUGGUGUCAUGACUUUCCAUUCUCGUCCCGUCUGCAUGUAAGACCCGAAA